AAAAAUUGUAAACAAAAAAAAGGGCGAUGGAGGCCCUGUGUCGCGUUUGCAAUCUGAGUCCAGGUCCCAUGAUAAACAUAUUCGAUGGGACGCCGGACUUGGUGCAAAUUGUUUCUGCUUAUAUUGGAUACGAAGUGAGACGAGGAGAUUCCUUUCCUGAGACCGUUUGCACUGUGUGUCUGGAGUAUGCACGGAAUUUAUAUGGAAUCGAACAAGAAUGCCAGGGAGAAGUCUUCGAGAUCAUAGAAUUCCAAGAUGAGGAAGAUUACCCCGUCCAUCAAGAAGGAGAUGAGGAGUUUCAGGAGGAUAAGGCUUCGUAUGGUAAUGAGGAGUACCAAGCGAAAGAAGAAAAAGUCGAGGAAGCGGAAUCAAACAAGGCAAAGAGCAUAAAAAACGAGCCAAUUGCAGACGAUGGAGUCAGCCAGUCGGAUUGCAUGGUGAAGAACGAGCCAGUUGAAGAUAAUUUAUUCGAGGAUGAACUGUGGACAAUGGAGCAACCAAAAGACGUCGAGUACAAGUGCCGCUACUGCGAAUUACUUUUUCCUUCGGCUGCCAGCCUUAAAAGACACGAUCGCACAAUCCACAUACGACCUUAUCGAUGUGUUACUUGCGGCACGACAUUUGUGACUCAGGAUCUUCUGGACUCGCACGUCCUGACUCACGAGGAAAACCCAUUCAGCUGUACUUUCUGCCCUUUGUUCUUUCCGGAAGAAUCUGUGCUCAAUGAGCACAUUGCUACGCACUUGCGACCUCACAAGUGCUGUCACUGCCCAAAGUCCUUUUUUACGUCCGACGAUCUGCAGAGACACAAGUUGAUCCACACGGGGGGACCCUACUAUUGUGAAUACUGCCCGGAGACCUUUACGAAAAGGCCUGCCUGGGCGACGCACACAAGGACUCACAAGGCGGAGCAGCCCUUCCAGUGCCACAAAUGUUCGAGGUCCUUUGCGAUGCACAGCGGUCUCAAGAUUCACAUGGCAUACUGUGUUGGCUUAAGAAAACUCUACAAAUGCAGCUCGUGCCCCAAGACCUUUAAACAACGCUCCAAACUGGGCCCGCACUCGGCGGCUCAUUCGGAAGAGCGAUUCCAUUGCACUAUAUGCAAAAAGUCCUUUGCCUACAAUUAUAAACUAAAAAGACACCUGCUUUCCCACUCCAAGGACAAAAUACAGUGUUCCUUGUGCCCCAAAAUAUUUGCAAGCAAAAAAUAUCUUGAUAAUCACCUCAUUAGAGUGCAUUACGAAGAAAAAUAAGAGUAGAAAUAAACUUCUGAAAACAUUAGAAAUUUGGUUUUUAGUAUGGAAGCUAUUAAAAUUGCUUUCCAAUCAUGUUGAUUUCCUUGGGACACAUUAAUUGUUUGUCUUUUAAUUAAAAUUAUAAAAUAUUUUUAAUAAA